AUGAAUUCCUUUUUCUCAUGGAGAGGUAUUAAUGAGAUUGAAAUCUAAACUUACAAAGAAAAUAAGAGAAUAAGACAACUCUAAAAUGAGCAGAAAUCUACCAUCAGAGAAUUUACUGAGAAUCUCAUCAAAAUACAUUCGACCAAAGGUUUUGUAUAAUGUCGAGAAAAGUAGCAGUAUCUACAUUUCGAGGAGUUUAUGUAGGUAGAUAAACUUCAAAAUAAUCACAUUGAGAAAGGCUAUGAUGUUUAAAAGUUCUACCUAGUUUCUUUUAAGAGUACAUCCAUAGCAAUAGUAAGUGAGAUUGCAAGAUAAAUGACUGUUUAAAAACUUAAUUGGAUCUUUGAGCUCAAGCAAUUAUUUUGUGUCAAGACUUUGAUAAAGCCAAUAAAUUCGAGACAGUAAUUAUUAAUUGAUUAAAAUUGGCCAAAGGGUGUGAAUUUGUUUCUUGUUGGAGGCUAGAAAGGAUUAUAUAUGUUUGAAAUAGAACCAAAGAAGCAUAAGAUAAAUCUUGUUUGUUAAGCUUUACUUGAUGAGUCUGUUGUUGGGAUAGAGAUUUUCAAUGAAAUUCUUGGAUUAUUUCUUAUCUUGACGAAAUAAUAUAUAAAGAUAGUAAAGAUAAUAGAUCGAGAAUUUGUUGAGAUAGCUAGUUCUUAUGAACCUCUUGAAUUUAUUUAAGUUAAGAAACUCUAUCAAAAGCAUCAAUAUCUACUGUUAAAUAGUCAAGGUAUAAUUCUUUAUAAGAUAAAGCAUCAUAAAACGCAGAGUACCCUCUCAGUUAAAAGGAUUAGAGUUAUUUUGGUACAAUCUCUUGAUAAUCUCUAAACAUAGGCUAAAUUCACUGGGAUACUAAAUUUUGUUAAGGAUGAGACUAAUUUAGAACUUGUAUCCAAAGAAAUCAGCUGA